AAUCAAAUGGAAGUAAACAGCUCCAAAAGUGAACGUUAUGAUACCCCCGCGAGCCCUCCCCUACCUUUGCCCCUGCACACACCGUGCUCCUGGAAGUUGUCAUGGAGAUAGACCCGUCCCAGGCGUCUGCUCUCGGGAUUGUUGCCAUGGAGAUCCCUGCUCGAGGUGAGCUCUCGGCAGUGCAGGAGGACGAGAGCAGCACGCAACUAGGGUUCGAGAAGAGAAUUCAGGACCUUGGAGAGCAGCGGCGCCAAGGACCCCCUUUCAACCAAGGGAACUACUACAUGCUUAUAGUGAUAGGAGAGAUAGCGACAGACCACCAGCUGCAACGCGCUAGAGACCAAGUUGAGCGGGGGAUUCGCUCCUGGGACAUCAGCCUCAAGUCAUGUGACCUGGACCAGCAGCUGCAGCUAUUUGUGACGCGCCACUCCGCCCAGUUCUCUGCAGAGGUCAGAGGGCAAAGGACUCUCCACCACAAGAGUGAUGUCCUAGAGACAGUCGUGUUGGUCAACCCAUCAGAGGAUACAGUUGCUUCAGAGAUCCAGUCUCUAGUCACAGACUCAGCAGGACACAAACUCCUGGUCCUGAGUGGGCAGAACUCAGACCACGGUGACCUGCUUCUCCAAAGUGGGGUUUUCACCUAUAAGAGCUUCUCACAAGUCUUUGCUGAUCCUGGGGUCAGUGAUUUGCUGGGCGAAGCAGCCCCCAAGCAGCGGGCCACACUCACUGUGUCCUGCCGAUCGGAGGUGGGUUGGAGCUCCCUGGGUCAGCAACAGCACUUACGGGAGUUCCUUGAGUACAGACUGAACACUGAGCCUGUGCUCCCCAAGAUGGAGGGAGUCACAGAGUUCACGGAGUACAUCUCCGAGACGGUGGAUGUGCCUUCUCCCUUUGACCUCCUGGAGCCGCCCACAUCUGGAGGCUUCCUGAAACUGUCCAGGCCCUGUUGUUACAUCUUCCCUGGGGGGAGGGGCGACUCGGCCCUGUUUGCGGUCAAUGGCUUCAACAUCCUAGUGGAUGGAGGCUCUGAACGUAAAUCAUGCUUCUGGAAGCUGGUCAGACACUUGGACCGCAUCGACUCAAUUCUACUCACUCACAUUGGUGCAGACAAUCUGCCAGGCAUCAACGGGCUCCUUCAGAGGAAAAUAGCAGAGCAGGAAGAGGAGCAGUCACAAGGCUCAACCACCUACAGUGAUUGGAUGAAGAACCUGAUCUCUCCAGAGCUUGGUGUGAUCUUCUUCAAUGUACCCGAGAAGCUACGUAUGCCAGAAUCAAACCUAAAGGUCAAGCGCAGCAUCGAGGAGGCCUCCCUCACGUUGCAGUACCUCAACAAACUGGGAAUCAAGCCGGAGCCUCUCUGUAGACUGGUCAGCAACACUAUUGAGCCUUUCACUCUUUUCCAUAAGAUGGGGGUGGGCAAGUUAGACAUGUAUGUUCUGAACCCAGUCAAGGACAGUAAGGAGAUGCAGUUUCUCAUGCAGAAGUGGGCUGGUAACAGCAAGGCCAAAACAGGCAUUGUUCUCCCCAAUGGAAAAGAGGGAGAAAUAUCCGUACCUUACCUGACGUCAGUUACAGCAUUAGUCGUGUGGCUUCCUGCCAAUCCUGCCGAAAAGAUUGUCAGAGUGCUGUUCCCUGGAAACGCACCACAAAACAAAGUCCUGGAGGGACUAGAGAAAUUAAAGCACCUUGACUUCUUGCGAUACCCAGUAGCCACACAAAAAGACAUAGCCUCAGGGGCUCCUCCCUCUGUUGUAAAACAGACCAAGUUAAAGCAAAGGACAGACAGCAAAGAAAGUCUGAAAUCAUCUCCCAAGACUACAAAACCCCUUCAGAAAGAAGCAGAUGAUGAGGUAUCGGCAGUCACAGAGGCAAAGAGUGACUUUGUAAAGGAGAACAAGAUAGAGAAAAAGGAGAAGAAACUGAAAGAGAAUGAAAAACCCACAAAAAUAAUAAAAUCCAAGACUGAUGCGCCAGAAAAGAAAAAACUAUUGAAGGAGAAAUCCUUGAGAAAACAUUCAAAGGAAAGGGCAUCCAAGAUGGAUGAGAAAAAAGACAAGGAAAAGAAAGAGAAAGUCAAGAAAGUUGACACGGCUAAAAAAGAAGAGAAAAAAGACUCCAAAGUUGACAAGAAAAAAGAUGCGUCUAAGUCAGAGUUGAGAAAGAUAACAAAACCUGACUUAAAACCCCUCACACCAGAGGUCAGAAGGACCCUGCACAGGGCAAAAGUGUCAAGUAAACCCAAAACCGACAAAAGCAAAGGCAAAGCGGCCAAGGCAGAGCCGGCUGAACCCAAACCGGAGGAACCAGCAGCAGAGAACAUUCAACCUGAGCCACUACAGAAUGGGGGUAUUAAGGGCAUAUCUGCUUCCUCCACUCCAGAGGAUCUUACCAAGGACUUUGAGGAGUUAAAACAAGAUGAGGUAUCAUCAGAGCCACCAGAGAGUGCAGUGGAGACACCAGCAGAGGAAAGCAUGGCCGAAUCCCCUACCCAGGAGGAGGAGAAAGAACAGGAAACGGUCUCUAAAACUCCACCAGGCACAACGUCUCCUGAGAAGGGAGUAAUGGAAGUUGAAACUGAGUCUCAAAGCAAAGAGGACAAAUUAACACAAGAGCAUAAAGAAGAAUUACAAGCAGAGAAAGUGGAACUAUGUGAGGAUGAGGGAGCUGCAGUUGAAGAUGAGGAGGAGGAAGAAAAAGAAGGCCCGAUUGCAGAGAGGAAAACAUUUCAGGAAGAGGAAGAUAUGGGGAUAGGGGAGGAAGAAGAUGAUGCAAAAGAUGAUGUGAAGGAUAAUGAACUAGACAGGAAACAUGAGGUGGAGGAAAUGGAGAAAGUUGAAAAGCCCACAGAUAUGGCGGUAACAAAAGAGGAAAGCAGAAGAGCUUCAUCCCAGGAGGAGGAACAGGAAGAAGAUGGACAUGUUGUUGAAAAGGCUGAGCUGGAAGAGGUAGAAGUUCUAGACAUGAUAGCAGAUGAAGAGGUCAAAAUCAAACCUGGAGCGGGAGAGAAAGAGACAUUGGCCAAGAAUGGGGAAAGCAAAGCAGUUAAACAUACUCCUGGAGCUAAAGAGGAGGAUGAGGCAGAUGAAGAGGGCUACGUGUCAAAUGUGGGAGGCGCUACCGUCGACAUAGUGUCAACACUGCAAGGAACUGCUGCAGCCGAGCCCUUCAUUCAAGACGAAACCAUUCCAGGCCACUCUGAAACUGAACAGACCAUCUCUGAUGAGGAAGUUCACGAAGAGGCUGAUGACAGGAUACUAAACCUCCAAUACGAAGUGGGUGCAUAUGACAUCUCUGUCCCAGAUCAGACAGGCUCCUUUGACACCAUCCAUGGGAUGAAGGAGAUGCAAGCAUUAGCUAUGGCUGAUGUAACAGCCAAAGGUUUUAUUUGUGGACAGGAGCAAGUAUCGGUAUUCACUAACAUCAUUGCUGCUCCCUUGGCUGAGGAGGAACAUGUUUCCUCAGCCACAUCCAUCACAGAGUAUGAUAAAUUGUCCUCCUUCCCCACCUCUAUUGCAGAGGACCAAUCAGUGGCCUCUGUCGCUACACCUCAGACUGAGGAAACAGGCAAAAGCUCUCUGCUUCUUGACACUGUUAAUAGCGUUCCCCUGGCAAUUCCAACGGAGGCCACACAUGGGAAAGAACAUUUACACUCUGCUGGGACCAUCUCACCAACAUCCUCCUUAGAGGAAGACAAGUACAUGAAGUCAGUUCCAUCCGAAGAGUGCCUGUCAGUUAUCUCUGAUUUGAAGACCGAGGCUAAGGUCAACAAGACUCAUGAGGAAGAGGAAGAAGAUCAGGACCAAACUCCGAACAUUGACAUUUCACUUGGGGAGAGCUAUGCCUCCCCUCAAAUGCUCCAGGAUAGAGAUACGGAUGUGGAACAGCUCCCUGCUUCUGAGGCUCCUGUCUCCAAACUUGUUCAGGAUUUGAAGCAGGAUCACCUACCAGUUGAGGAGGUACAACUCUUUAAGUCCAAAGAAGACAUCUUAACAGUGGUGCCUUCAAAACCCCUUUCACCCCCACCCUCUUUCUCAAAGCCUUUUAGGUCAGACUCAAUUACUUCGGAAGAUGAAGAGCGAUGCUGCAGUCCAGACGAUAGCACUGUGAAAAUGGCCUCCCCCACACAAUCUUCCCACCCCAGUGCAACCAGCUCUACAACUCACUCUCCUCUUCAUCAGUCGCCUGUGGAGGAAAAGACCAAGGACUUCCCAGGACUGGAGCAUCAAACACAGGGGGACCUUCAUGAUUUUGCCACCAACACAGAAGAUAAGGAUGCAAAGAAAGAACAAGCGGAAAAGGAAGAUAAAGUGGAUAAGAAUAAAUUGGAUGCUGACGUCAAGAAAGUUGAGUCGGACCUACUACCCUCGGUGGAGAAAUCAUUUCAAAAAGACUUGCCCAUUACAAAAGCGGAAGAAAAACAUGGUCUCUCCCCUUCCAAAGGUGAGAUGGAACAGGAACCGAAGACAACUCCUCUUACCUCUGAGUCAGUCACAGGCAAAGACGAAGCUUCCAUAUCAGGAAAGGAAUCUCUGACAGUAGACAUUUCUAGUGGUAAGGCUAUACUCAAACACAGUGACGAGGAAGAUGAUGACCAUCAACAGAAAGAAUCCAAAGUGUGCAGUAAGGCUAAAUUCCCAAAGGGGAAGGAGAGUAGUUUCUUAGAUUAUGACGAUGGUGAGGAUGAUGAUAACGAUAAUGUAAAACCCAUCAAACAGGACAUGAAGGAGAAGGAUACAGAAAAAAAUGACACACAUGAGGCGAAAACUAUCAAGGAAGAGAAAGAGGAGAAAGAAAAACAAGACGUGUUUGAAGCUGAAACCAUCAAGGAAGAGAAGAAAGAAACAGAUAAAAUUGGUACAACUGAAGCUACCACUGAAGCUGAGCCCAUCAAGGAAGAUAAAGAUGAGAAAGUGAAGGAAAAAUAUGACAUUCAUGAAGCUGAACCCAUCAAGGAAGAGAAGAAAGAAACAGAAAAUGUUGGUACCACUGAAGCUGAACCCAUCAAGGAAGAGAAGAAAGAAACAGAUAAAAUUGGUACAACUGAAGCUACUACUGAAGCUGAGCCCAUCAAGGAAGAUAAAGAUGAGAAAGUGAAGGAAAAAUAUGACUUUCAUGAAGCUGAACCCAUCAAGGAAGAGAAGAAAGAAACAGAAAAGGUUGGUACCACUGAAGCUGAAUCCAUCAAGGAAGAGAAGAAAGAAACAGAUAAAAUUGGUACAACUGAAGCUACUACUGAAGCUGAGCCCAUCAAGGAAGAUAAAGAUGAGAAAGUGAAGGAAAAAUAUGACAUUCAUGAAGCUGAACCCAUCAAGGAAGAGAAGAAAGAAACAGAAAAGGUUGGUACCACUGAAGCUGAACCCAUUAAGGAAGAGAAGAAAGAAACAGAAAAGGUUGGUACCACUGAAACUGAACCCAUCAAGGAAGAGAAGAAAGAAACAGAAAAUGUUGGUACCACUGAUGCUGAACCCAUCAAGGAAGAUAAAGAUGGCAUUCAUGAAGAUAAACCCAUCAAGGAAGAGAAGAAAGAAACAGAAAAGGUUGGUACCACUGAAACUGAACUAAUCAAGAAAGAUAAAGAUGAGAAAGUGAAGGAAAAAGAUGACAUUCAUGAAGCCAAACGCAUCAAGGAAGAGAAGAAAGAAACAGAAAAGGUUGGUACAACUGAGGAAGAUGGUACAACCAAGGAAGUUGGUACAACCAAGGAAGAGAAGAAGGAAAAGGACAAAGAGAAAGAUGAUACUUGUGGGGCUGAGCCCAUCAAAGAGGAGGAGAAUGAGAAGGAAAAAUAUCAUACCUUUGAGUCUGAACCUACGAAAGAAGAAAAACAGAAAGAAAUAGGGAGUAUAGUCACUUCUAAAGACGAGCUAAGCUCUUGUAGCUCUACCUCUAAAGUGGAGCCAGCCUCAGACUCCACCACUACAGAAAAAAUAGAGCAAGAGAAAGAACCCAUGAAAGAUGAGAAGGAUGACACUUGUAAGACUGAUGCCAUCAAGGAAGAAAAGAUGGCGAGAGAACAUCCUCUUCAGUCUGAACCAAUGAAAGAAGAGGAAAGAGAAAAAGAGAGAGAUACGUUUGACAGUGAACCGACUAAAGGAGAGCACAGAGAGAAAGAAAAGGAUGAUACAUGUAUGGUGGAAUCCACCACGGGGGGCAAGAGAGAAAAAGACCACAAUACAUUUUUUGAGAUUGAAGUGAGCCAGGAAGAGAGGAUAGAGAAAGAUGAUACUUAUGUGGCUGAAUUCAGUAAAGAACAGAAGAUGGAAAAGGAGCAAGAAAAAGAAGAUAGUGAUUUCGAAGACAUCAACGAUGAGGAAAGAGAGGAAGAUAGAGAUGACAGUUAUGAAGCUGAACCCAUAAAAGGAGACGAAAGAGCAAAAGAAAGUGAAACAGCUGACACAGUCAACUAUGAAAUGAGCGUGAAAGAGACAGGAAAAUAUGGUUCUCAUGAGAUUGAACCUACUAGAGAGGAGAAAUGGGAGAAAGAGAAAAAGGAGGUGCAAGAGAAAGAUCUGAAAGAGGCUUUACGACACAGCGUACAGACAGCAAUGAUAGAAAAGGUAGAGGUGACUUCUGCAACAAAGCUUGAACCUACAUUUCAGCUUCAGUACUCAGACGGAGAUGAGGAGGAGGAAGAGGAAGAGGAAUCCAUUUGCAUGGGUGGUGCAGGCUCAAGACCUUUAUCAGUGGAACCUAGACAAUCAGAACACGAGAUCAUCUCUCAAGACCUGCUCUCUACUCAGUCAUCAGAGAAUGUGCUUAGUAACCAGACGAAGGACAGCCACUCUGAACAGACCACUGGGCUUGUGUCUACAUUACCAAAAUGGGAGACCUCUCCUGAUAAAGACCUCAAAGAGCAGCAUAAAGAGCGACAACAUAGACUCUCCCCUGAACUAGAAAAGGACAUCAAGACAACUGAGACCACAUCAGCAACCCAUCCCAGUCAAGAGUCCACCAUUGGUUUCCCUACCUUGAAACCAGUCUCUGCUAUGCCUACCACCAAAUUAGAGCCAGCCUCUGACUCCACCACUACAGACAAACAGUCUAUAGGUUCAACGCUAUUAAGCACUGACAGCAAGGCCAGUGUGACGGUAUCCACCCAGCAUGAAACACUGCUGCUAUCUAUGACAACAAGCAAAGAAGCAUUUAAUACGGAUGAAAAGACAAAGCAUGUUUCUCCAAAAGAAGAUGAGAAACCAGGCAAGGAAGCUGAGAUGGAAAUUGAAAAAGAGCGGGGAGUUGCUUCCCCAGAGCAUACACAACCUUGUUCAUAUUUUGUCUUGGAUAAAGAUUCUGAGAAGGUUCCUGAGAAAGUGAGCCACGUCGAUGCCACAAAAGCAGACAGUGCCUCUGAAAAAUUGAAAGGCUUUGACAAAAUAACAGCGGAGACUGUCAGUGUGAGAUUGCAAGAGGACCGGGGCUUUGAUGUGUCUAAGUAUGAACCCUAUGAAAAGCCCAUUUCAAAAGAAAAGGAAUCAGACUAUAAAGAAGACCGUGAGGUAUCUAGAGAGUUUGAUCGGUCAACACAAAUUGGCAUUGAUGAUAAUAGGAACGUUAGCCAGGCAGAUGCUGGUGCAGCUGCAUUCUACUCAGAGGACGAGGAGAAAGAGGAACCGCUGUCAUUCAGCAGAGUUGAUUACACCCCUCCACCUUUCCCCAAGAGCGAGAGAAGUCUCCAUUGCAGCUCAAGUGCCUUCACUGAACACGAUGACAAAGAGAAAGGUCAAGAGGAAGUGAGUGAUAAGAAGGAGGGGCAAUCUACACCACACGUGGAAAACAGCUUUAUGUAUAUAGAGACGCAAGACAACAAGACCACCCCAGCAGCAGAGCAAUACUCAUUUGCUUUCAGUCUCAAAGAAGAUAAACCUGAAAAAGUUGAGAAGGAUGAAAUGAAGGACAAGACUGGAGCAUCUCCCGGUGUAGAGGAGUAUAUACCAGUCCAGUCAGGCAGAAAGGAAACAGCCUCUUCCUCAUGGAGUCAAUCCAACACCGAUGCCCAAGCCUCAGCUACAGCCAUGCCCUUUGAAGACGUCCCUGAGAAGCAGACCACAGAGAAAGAUAAGGAAAAAGAUGAGCCAGUGAAAGACUAUAUGGAUUCAUCUAACAGUGUGAGAGGGGACUCUCCCUGUGGUCGCUACUCACCAACGGAAAAAGACAUGUUACCUCAUCAAGCUUUGCCUAAGGAAAAGGACAAUCAGGCCACUGCUGCCUCCUUGGCCAGAUAUUCAGGACAGCUCCUAGACGAUAAUGUUCUUGCAUCUGAGUGCACUCAAAUUGGAAGCACUAUCACCAGUAAAUCUACAAUGGGCUAUUCUGAGAGAGAAGGCACUCCGGACAGUGUAGAUAAGAGGCUACUGGUGGUGGGAGAGGAUUAUGCUAAUGAGGAAGAUGAUGCAGAAGAAGAAGCCAGUGAUCUAGAUGUGGAGAAGGGAGCGAGAGAGCAGUCUGAAAAAGAAAUAUGUAAAUCUAUAUUGGAUGAUACCACUACUUCUAAACGUCCUGUGACAAAGGAAGAGGAUAAGAAGACCCUCUCACCCGAACCUGAACCCAGCCUCCUCAAAAAGGAGGAGCCUUCCCAUUCAAUGGCCACAAGCAGCCCUCCACCAGCAGAUACUGCAGAUUCCCUUUUGAAGAAUGUAGUUGGGGCCUCGCCACUCCAGUCUGGCAGUUCCACUGCAAUAGAACAAACAGGAUCUGAAGGAUAUCCUUCUGAAUCCUCAGAGUAUUCUGAGGACAGCCAACUGGGGUUAAAGGAGGAGAGGUUUGACAGUCCUAACCCCUCUUUGCCCACCAAGUCCAGUGAAGAUAAACAUUACAGUCAGGGAGACAUUGAAGCUGACAGGCAGAGAACCCCAGAUACCACUAGUAGAAAACCUGAGGAAGAUCCUUCGUGUUACCUCUCAUCUGCCUCAGCUUUUCUAUCAACCAGCCACCAGUUGGGGGAGGAGUUAGAGACCCCCGUCAGAAUGUCUAGUGACCCCUACAGGACCGAUUCUGAGGGUGCUUCCUUUGAGUAUUCUUUAUUCAAAGAUGAAGACUCCUCAGCCAUGCACUCAACCACAGGGGUCAUGUUUAAGGAUGAGUACCUAGAGGCAUCUGAAAAGCUUACGUCAACAACCUCAGCUACAUUCAGUCUGACAAAAGUCUUUCCAGUCUUAGCUACUCCAGCCGAAGACAUUACAGAACAAGACUCAUCAUCAAGCCCUGAGAUGGACAAGGGUCAAACCUCAGAUAACUUUCAUAAACUUGAGGGCAUUGUUGAAACCAAAACCAUAACGUCUGCUGGAGCUUCAGAACCACCAUGUUCCCAGCUGUCCAAACCCGCUGAAACCAUAUCCACUUCAAGGGCAUUCUUUGAGGUUUCCCCAUUGCAAAGAGCUGAUUCUUCUGACAGAGAAUCCCAGGGUUCAGCGGUCAGCAAAGAGUCCUACACUUGCAAAAGGGAGGACAGUACUCUUCCAUGCCGCAUUGAAUGCCAGAAAUUUGCAGUGACAGAACAAGAAGAACGCAUGCUGUCCAUGGCUGAGACAUACAUGGUCACUAUUAACUCCAGUACAACCACAACAGUGUCCCAAUCUGAUGGGGUGACAAAACCACAGCAGUCAACUGAAGCCUCUUCCAACGGGGCUACUGAGGUUAGCACAAGUCCCCAAGAAGUCCUCAGUGGAGCUAGCAAAGCCUCUUGUGUCACAACAGCAGACCUGCCUAAAACAGAACAGAAAAAGGAGGAAAAAGAGACAAAGGAUGAGAAAGACAAGAUGGCAAUGAAAGAGGAAGAAAUGAAGGAGAUCAAGGUAGAGACCAUAAAGGAGGACACCAAAAUGCCAGAGCAGAAGGAUAAGGAGGAGACAAAACAGAUGGACGAGAAGAAAGAGGUGGCUGGAGAGAAGGAAAAGGUAGAGGAGAAAGUAGAGGAAAAUAAGUUGGAGGAGAAAGACGGGAAGGCAGAGGAGAAGAAAGACAAGACUGUUGAGAAGGAGAGUGAGAAAGAGAUGGAGAGGAAGGAGGGAGAGAAAGAGAAGGUAGAGGAUAAAAAAGAGAAGAUUGUCGAAAGGAGGAGGAGUAGCUUAUCUGACUGGGAACUCCUACAAGGGCCGGGCGCAUGCCCAAGUGCCCCUCCUCCAGGCUAUGAAGACGAGGAGGAAGAAGCGUAUGAAAUGGAAGAAGCAGAGGAAGAGUAUGUUCAAAAAGAAUGUGUAUCCACAGGCGAGCCCACCCCUUUGUCCACAGCAGAACAUGCCCACCAUACAAAGGCAUCUGCAAAAGCAGAUGGAGAAUCCAGUUGCCCCACUGACUUGCAUAUGGAGGCUACCUCCACCUCCCCCCCUGGCUAUUCCUCGUGUGAAUUCAAACACCGCAAAGGGGAGAUCUCCCCAUCCUUCAUUAACCCCAGUCCACACGCCCUCUCCAGCGAUGAUGGCGAAGAGGACAAAGGGAGUGACCACUCUCCGGAGGGGGAUGAAGAUGACCGGGAGCAACACUCGGUCAAGAGGUAUCACAAGCAGAAGCGACAGCACAUUCAAAGUGGAGCUGCUGGAGCUGGAGCGGGAUCGCACCCAGUUUCCAUGCCUCCUGGUGGCAUGGCAACUGGACAUGGGAUAGUGCUAGCUGGAGAGGAGACGCCCCCCACAUCAGCAAGUGACUCGUUGGCGUCCCAGUCGGACUCUGACGUACCUCCCGAGACCGAGGAGUGCCCGUCGAUAACCGCAGAGGGGAACCUGGACUCUGACGAAGAUGCAGAACACCUGCCGGUGGAUAAACUAUCUGCCUCCGCCACAGGAGGGGGCACUCAACCCCCUUCCCCCAGAUCAGCUGCGAAGGCCCAUGACCCCCCACCUGCCCCCAUGAAGGAUCCGCUCCCCCACCUGCCUCACCCUGAUGUGUGCAUGGUGGACCCAGAGGCCCUCCCUGACAACCAGAGCAGCACAGAGAAAAUGCUCAAGAAGGACCACAAGACCACCAAGAUCCUGCGGAAGGGCCUGGGCAAGCCUAAGUCUGCGUCCCCAGCCCGGAAGGGGAAGAGGUCUACCACCCCUGCGAAGGAUUCCUCGCCUCGUUCGGUCUCUCUGAGGAGGAGGGACACGGAAAGGAGCUCUAGGCUGACAUGGAUGUCCGAGGGUCAGGGAUCCAAGGUGGACCUACACGCUCCAGGGAAAGGCCUUGUGAAUGGCGUCAAGAGCAAUUUGGGUACCAACUCCCAGAAAUCUAGUUCAGCUGUCCCCCCUGGUCCUCCAAUCUAUGUGGACCUGGCCUACGUGCCCAACCACUGCAGUGCUAAGAACGUGGACCAGGAGUUCUUCAAGCGGGUACGUGCUGCGUACUACGUGGUGAGCGGCAACGACCCAGCUGGUGGAGAGCCUAGUCGUGGAGUCCUGGAUUCCCUGCUCGAGGGAAAGGCCGCGUGGGGCUCCAAUCUACAGGUGACUCUGAUCCCUACUCAUGACACGGAGGUGACGCGGGACUGGUACCAACAGACACAUGAAAAACAGCAGGACCUGAACAUUAUGGUCCUGGCCAGCAGCAGCACAGUGGUCAUGCAGGACGAGUCUUUCCCUGCCUGCAAGAUUGAGUUCUAAGUUCUGCGCCGCUUGCUAUUUUACCCUCCUCCCCUCAUCACUCCAUAUUUGGCAGGUAGAGCGAGGUCCUUUGCUACUCUCUAUCCUCCCAAAGCCUUCUCUUCUGUCAGCUCUACAUGUUGCUCUCUCAUGGUGUAAGACUUCAUUGCAUUUGCUGUAGUCUUCGGUUGGUGUACUGGCUUCCAACUGGUCAAUGUCACCUGAGAACAGCCACCACUCAGGCAGAAACAUUGAUAUAGGGUCCGUGGUAGCUGUAAAAAGGUGUGAGGUGCAUUCAUUUCUAGCACGCUUUCGGUUUAAACAACAUACUCGCACGAUAAAACCACCUCUUUAUUUGAUCUUAAUUCAUUUUGCUUUUCACAAAUAACCUCCCCAAACACACACAUUUUGUGAUCAUCUGUGAAGAGGGUAAUUCUCAAUAUUUAUUUCCAAGCUUCAAACCCAAAUCCACAUCUAAAUGGACAACACUUUCCAACCAAAAGAGCCAUCUUAACAAUGUCAACUCCCAGUCAAUGAAGACGGUGCACAGUUGUGCAGUCUUACUGAUCGUCUUGAACUCAGAGAAAUACCCAACAAUAUGAAAUACAAUUUAAAAAUUGCACAUCCAGGAGGGCCAAAGUAAGUGCCAAAACACUUUUGAGGUGUUUAACACUCUCCGAAAUAAGUCCAAAGCCUUUAAGAGGUGAACAGUUAGUUGAUCUCAAUUGUACGCAGACUACGCACAAUGUUGUAUGAUGGUAGUAUUUUUGUAAGUAUCUUAAGUUGAGGCUUUGUUUUUCGAUAUGAGAUAUUAUUCCUGUUUGGGGAUAUUACGUAAGAUGCAGCUUUCUAUUCUAUAGCGUUUGGCUUUCUCAGUACUCUUAACUACGUCAACUGAUGUUCCAACAAAAAAAAUGACUAUACCACAUUGCUUGUUGUGAAGCUUUAGGAGGCGCCUGAAGGUGCCACUUUUAUUGAAAGAACUAGCUUUUAUGGGUUAUUUCCCUCAGUGGCUGAAGUAUGAUGCUUGCAUUUAGCUCAGACUCCUUCCUUGAAGAGGUAGAGGGUCCUUGACUAUGUGUCUAGUCCUUGUAGUCUCCAAGUAUGGAGUACAAACGUGUUCUGAUACCUAAACGUUUGGCUGAAGUGAACGUUAUACUGUAGGUGCCGGGCAAUGGGAUGGCAUUUCUAUAUUCGCCAUAUUUCUGCUGGGCGUAAUGGUUCUUUCUAAAUAUCUGAAGUCCUUAUCGUCGUCUUUUGUCGGUUGCAUUAGAUGAAUACUCAAUUCAAAACAUACAGUAUAAACAUUCUAUAUUGAUAUAGGGAGAGAUUGUAUUAGAGGUAUGCUAUUUUGUGAUAACACAGCAGAGGAGGAUGUUAAAUGCAGUUUCCGUGUACAUUUUGACGUAUUAUUUACUUAUUUAUAUUGUACUUGUCUGUAUGAAACGAUUGGAUGAAGCGAUGGAAACUGCAGUGGCCUUCCGUGGAGAAUGUAGCAAUAGAGUCUAUUCAGUCCUUGUGAGACCGGGUUGUGUGGAGGUUGUGUGGGUGUUAUUUUGCAAAAAUGACUGCGGUGGUAGGCGGUCGCUCUCAUGUGCCUUCUGGUUGCGGUAUAUUGGGCAAGAGAGAAGGAUUAGAGAGGAGUAUGAUGAGGGCUUCCUCUUUCCUACUAUCCAUUGUGGAGCGGUGAACUUGGAUCCAGGGAUAAGUCGAGAAACCGUGGAGAAAAUGCCACACGGACAAAUCGAUAGUCGUUGUCCAGGGAUAUCUAGUUAGCCUAAUAUCCAUAUGGAUGGAUGCUGUAUACGCACAAGGUUGGUAGGUGAAAAGCUAAUUAGCCAGCUUAGCCAGCACAUUUAGAUUCAGUUACUGAUAUGCUGGUCAGCAUUUGUCCCCUAUCUUAAAGUGUCACCCAGCAAAUGUAUCAAACAAUAACAUGAUCAAAGAGCAAGGUAUUGCACCAAGCAAGAAUGCACUUUUCCAGAGGGGGGUUUAGGAGUCGGGCUGCGGUUCUUGUUGAGAGAAGCACCGAAAAUAUACAAUUAUCAUUCUUUACCAUAAUGUGAACUAUGGUAGCGUUUGAUUUUAGGACAAGUACCUAGCGAAAGUACUCCAUACUGUAUGUAAAUAAAUAAAUAAGACUUGUUCUUCAGAAUGAUUUCUUAAUUGAAGAGGUAAAAAAAUAAAUAAUAAUAACACAGGUAGCUAUUUAUUAGGUUAAAAAAAAAACGGACUUUUCAACCCUAAGAAAAAUAUUUAUCAGACGAGCAUGAAUGUGAUGUUGUUGAUUGUAGUGGGUAGUGAUGUGGCAAUGUGUACCACAGUCAAGUAGCAUUAAGUUGUGUGUUGAAGUAUGUGCAUGAGUGGUACACACGGAGACAGGGUUGGGUUUUGAAGAUGCAUCAUAGUGUUGUUGUUUUUUUAAUGUCGAGUUAGCCAGUGCGGGGUGUAUUUUUGUUGGUUAAUCAGGAGGUGGAGCUUCUUAAAAUUGUCGCACUGUUCAUUGGAGCUCAUUACAAAUCUGAUUCACAUUAAAUUCCAUAGAGUUUAGUCACUUUUUGACUGAUGUUAUAUUGUUUUCUUACAUUUUGGUAGUUGUAUUUAUCAAAUUAAUUUACAGUUAUGUAUACAUGAUCAGUAUUAGAUUUCUUUAUUUUUAAAAAUUGUUUUUCAAUAUCAGUUACAGUACAUGUAGGACUAACACAAUUAUGAAUGUCUCUUUUGUUUACAUUUCUUAGAUUGUAUUUUCAAAAAGAUUACUGAACAUUUAUUUUAUAAUAGGCGUCUGAUUGUCAUAGAUUUUUUUUUUUAUGUAAUGUGUUUCUUAUUAGAACUGCUGCGUUGUGUGUUUGGGGCUCCUAAAUUGAGGUCAGAGAGAGUGGACUGAGUGGGGCAGACUGGUAUUGCUGGAGAUACUGUCUCUGACUCAUAGUCUGCUGCAGAAUCCAAGACUGCAGACAGACAAGACAUCAACCUGCAAGGGCAACACUCUCUCCCUCUAUCGGACUCAGAACCUAAACAGUCUCCUCUUAUAGGCUGAAACCAUUAACCCACAGUCUGCAGCGAUCUUGCGCUACCCUGGGAAGGAUGCCAUCCUUGUCCUUUUGUUGAACUUACUCAAAUAUGCUUGAAAAUACUGUAUUGUAAGCUGAUAUAACAGUAUGCAGGAGAGCCUCCCCCCAGGUCUGUUCUUAGACCGGCAGCAGAGCUAGCCAGACUCGCUCCGAGUGAAUGUUUCCUUUUAGUAUCAUUAAAAUACUCAAUGUGUAAGCUACAGAUUUAUUAUGCACUGCGAUAGCGUUGAUAUGCAUGUCAUGUUGAAUACUGUUUAGAGUCACCUAGGUUAGAGAGAGGGAGGGCAUGUAUGAAUCAAAUGUAUCAAUACAUUGAUCAAGCAAUCAGCCCAGCCGGUCAGAAGAAGCUAGCAAUGCUAACUUUAGCUAGCAAAAAAUGUCAGUGCUCUCCCCUCAAUCCUAACUUCGCUAUAGUUAUACUGCAUCCGAAGUCAAUCUGGCGACAUCACAAUGACGACAAAAAGCUUGUCCUACUCCUUUUGAAAUGUCAUCGUGUUUUCAAGCCACAGUAAUGCAUUUAAGAUUAAAUCUUCAUCAGUAUCCGUUGAGACUGCAUUGAGUAGAAUUCUCAGCUGGGCAUCAGUCCUAAAAACGUACGUUCAAAACAAUACGGUGACGAAACGUGCAACCCAUGGAUUUUUUUAAAUUGACAUUUUAUUGGACCUUUAUUUAACCAGGCAAGUCAGUUAAGAACAAAUUCUUAUUUUCAAUGACGGCCUAGGAACAGUGGGUUAACUGCCUGUUCAGGGGCAGAAUGACAGAUUUGUAUCUUGUCAGCCCGGGGAUUUGAACUUGCAACCUUUCGGUUACUAGUCCAACGCUCUUACUAGGCUACCCUGCUGUCCCGGCAUUGAAUACUCAAUGCUGCUGGAUAAAAAAAAAAACGAACAAACAUACAAUUGUACACAAAUAUAUGCGAAAUCAGUGGAGGAUAGCCGAAGGAAGUGAUGGACUACUGUAUUCGGAUAGAAUUUCUAGAACAAAAGUUGAACUCAAAAUGGAUAUCUCGUUUUUAUCCAUAUUGCAGUGGCUGUUGUUUAAUUUUCAGUUAUGUCCAAGAGGAAAAAAACUGCGAUUCCCCAACAACACAAACAGUUGGUGUCCAAUACGUACAGAAACACACUUACAAUAACGCAGAAAAAGUACCAACAACAGCUUUUUCCUUUCCUGAAUAUGACUUGAAAACAUAGAAACAAAAACAAUUAAAAGUGAAAUGAAUGAUACAUGUACAUUCAUGUGCGGUACACAAAUAUGUAUUUACACCUUAAAAAAAAAUCUAAAUAGACAUGUUAUGAAACAUAUGAUCCUACUUGUUAUACGUUCACAUAGAGGAUUUUAAUCAAGUGUAUCAAAAUCCUAGGCACAAAGAAACAGUCAAUGCUGACUACUGUAAAGUACAGAUGAAAAACAACUAAUAUAUUUCAGUUCCAUCUCUCUCAUUACGAAACAAUUAAGUCAUUUGAACACAAGUUCUCUGUCAUUCUCCCAUCUCAUCUCUCUGCAUGUGAACUAUUUAGUUAUUAUCCUGAAUGUAAUAAUUGAUUAACGUGGAAAUAAAUCAAGACAUGCUCUCUUAAAACCGUAUAUUUGAAACAGGCGAUUGUUUAACUGGUAUUGGGAUGGCAUAUACUAUUACUGGGCUGUGCUUUACUGUUUUUCCCUAAGAUGUUGUUGUUAUAAGAAAAACGCUGUACUACUGCAGCUGUAUUAAUCAUAGGUCUGUUACUAUCUUCAGUGCAAUAUUCUCUCUCUCUCUCUCUCUCUCUCUCUCUCUCUCUCUUUAAAUCUAAAAUGCAAAAAACUAGAACUACCGCAGAUUCAUUGUAAAAGGGAAACAGCCUGGUGAUGACAAAUAAAAAUACAUUUAUUGAAAUCAGACCAUGAGCCUCUGUGGUUGUUUUGGGAUCUUUGUCAAAUAAAAAUACAUUUAUUGAAAUCAGACCAUGAGCCUCUGUGGUUGUUUUGGGAUCUUUGUCAAAUAAAAAUACAUUUAUUGAAAUCAGACCAUGAGCCUCUGUGGUUGUUUUGGGAUCUUUGUCAAAUAAAAAUACAUUUAUUGAAAUCAGACCAUGAGCCUCUGUGGUUGUUUUGGGAUCUUUGUC